GGGUAGCGUCGGAAUCCCAGGAAAGGGUGGUAACGCCCUUCCGAUUGGGGCUCAGCAGGGUGACUGGAAGGAGGAAUGGAAGAUGGGUGAAGGGGGUUGUCGGCGCGGUGAAGACGGAAGGGAGGCUACCCGGGGCGGGGAGAAGAAAGGGGGCGUACCCUGGGAGAAAGGCCCAGGACCAAGCGGAAUUCGGGGGUUACCUGGGCCCUGGCGACUCCUGUUAUGGGAUGGGUUAUGUGUCCAACACAGAGGUUUGGGGUGAUUCAUGAACAGGAGGUGGUUGGCUAACAUAAUGGAAGUGGGGUGCAAGGAGCCAGAACGAGCGGUCCACGAAGCUGUGCUCCUUUGCUUCCUUAGUCACCCAGUGCAAGUCCCCACGCCUCUCGGAGUCUCACUUUCUUCAUCUGUAAAUGGGAGUAGCAGUUAUACAGGAUACACAAGAUUGCGAUGCUCAAUGUGUGUGCCAUUAUGCCUAGCGAUAUAGUGACAUGUAAAGAACGCUUCCUAAAUUGUCAUGCUGCCAGCCCGGCCAUGGGGCGCCGCACGGUCCUGCUCUUACUCUUGGCUUUCCUGACGGCCAGGGCGGCCAUCCCCGUACCGCUGGCCCUGAGGGCUCUCAACAACCUGCACAGGUCAGCCAGCUUCACAUCCCGCCCUGCUGUACCCAAGAAGUACACGGUUCACUACCUCGAGCAGAAGGCACUGGAGUUGUUCCCAGGAAGGCAGAGAUGAUUAUAUCCUGGAAGACCUCACAUACUUGUUGGCCAUUCCAGUUAUACAUACCUAAGCUUGUAUCUGAAAGAUAUAGAAAAGGAUUGAUACAUUUGUUAUGUAGAUUACUUCAAAAAGUCCCUGAAGUGAGACCAGUCUACUUAGUAUUUUCUUGCUCAGCUUACCCUUAUCAUGAUAGUUCAUUGACCUGAUGUGUAUAUACAUUGAAGCAUGUGAUAAAUAAAGGAAUUUAUUCAUACUGUCAUUCAGUAAUUAAAAAAAAUUGUUUUGCCUGUCUUUUUCAUAAUAAAGGAAACAAAAUUGAUAUAGAGAUUUAUGUGAAAAAUCUGAUGUAUGCUUUUAAGUGUUCAUCUAAGGGACAAUUUUGCAU